UAACGUAUAAUUAGCAUUGGAAGAGUGUUAAAAAUUGAGAAAAUUAUUGAUUGUUUGUUGGAAUUAAGAUAAUCGAGAAAUUUAUUAUUCCAAACCAGUAAUUUAAGAUCCCUAAAAAACAAUGAAUAUGGAACCAUUUGAAACUUAUCUUAAAUACAUGAAAUGGGCACUUUUAUCUUGUGGUUAUUGGCCAUUUUUGCCAUCAAAAUUUAUUCUAUUUCAAUUAAUUUUUAUUGGAAUGAUAGAUAUUACAUGGACAGUACCUAUUGUAUUAAAACUUUGUCAAAAUUAUAAUGAUUUUACUUAUCUUGUUGACAAUCUUGCUUUUGGUUUUCUUGCUGUAUUAAUAUGGAUAACAUAUGGCAACCAAUUAUACACCUUUUCACAACUGAAAGACAUUUACAUAAAACUGUUUGAAGAUUUUGAAAUUGCAAGAAAAAAGGAAACAUAUUUUAAAAUAAUGAUAAAAUAUGUAAAAAUAACACAAGUUGUAUCAAUUGUGUAUUUAAGUUACACGGGAGUAGUAUUGGUAAUGUAUUUUAACGAAGCAUGGAUUCAAAUAAUUAUUAGAGAAAUACUUAACAGUAAUAAUGCAACAGUUGAAAAGACCUUUGUGCUUGAUUCCAACUACUAUUUCUUUAAUGCGUCUGAUUAUUAUGCGUUAACAACUUUACAUAUGUUUGUUGGUGGAUAUUUUUGUAUUGAGCCUUUUGUAUGCAUUGAUUUGCUGCUCUUCUGUGCUAGUGGACACAUUUGUGGACAAUACAAUCUUUUAAAGUAUAAAUUAUUGAAAAUAAAUUACGAUGAAGAUACUGGAGAAAAGAUCGUAGAUGACAAUGAAAUAAAUAUUAAUGUUAAAAAUUGUAUAAAAGAUUACCAUCGUGUUUCUGAGUUUAUCAACCUUAUAAACGAAUUUUUUUCAACAUAUUUAUUUGUAUUGUGUUUAAUUGUAAUAGCAUUAUCAACCUUGUAUUGUUCUUUGAUUGUUCUUAAUAAAGAUAAUACAGAACUCUUAGUAAGAGGAUCAUUGACAGUUGUAGCCCAGCUUGUGCAUGUUUUUUUCAAUUGUUUCAGUGGGCAAAUGGUUCUGAAUGAAACUGAAAGAUUUGUAAAUUACAUCUAUGAUUUUGAAUGGUAUAGUGUUUCACCUAAGAUUCAGAAAUCAAUUUGGUUGUUAAUGUUAUCUUCUGUUAACGAACCUCAAAUACAUGUUGGGAAAAAUUUUUGCUUAUCGUUUGAGUUUUAUUCAACCAUUAUUAAAUCAAUGUUUUCAUAUUUAAAUGUUCUUAAUUCUCGCCAAAACUGAAUUCUGGUUGGUCAAAGAUGUUUCUUAAAUGUUGUUGAAAAUUUGUGCGCACUUCGGCAAAAGAAAAUUUUGUAGACAAAGAAAAUAAUGAACAAUAAAGGAUAUUGAGGUUGUCCUCAAAGAAUUACCUGCUCGAAUAAUCCAAUAAUUAUGGGUGUAAAUAGUUAUUUAUGAUAUAAUUGCGUACGAGUGUCACACAACAUUUCUUGCAACACUCACCUA